CUGUGACGAAACAAUCAUCAGUGUAAAUCAAAAUGGCGAGUGCGAGGAUGGUCUGCAACGGGUGGCAGCGUGUUUCGGUCGCGUUUGCGUUUCUCUAAAUAGAACGCGCGCAAUGAUGUGAUCCACGUGACUCGUGUCGACAUUCUCGGCGACUGCGGAACCGACAAUCAACGCGCCGGUCUAUCGCAUCUUUUUUUUUUUUUUUUCUUUUGGUCCCUUCAACACUCCAGGCGAACUCCAGCCCGUUCAGUGUGACCGGACGUCCGCACCCUCCUGCCUUAACGUCGAGGUGACAGCGACGCACAGGAUUUCCCGGAGCUAAUCAUUCAUCCAGAUGACGCGAUGACGCUACAUUGGUGGAUGCACUGGUUCUGGGUUACCGCGCAAUUUCUUGUCAUUUUUGGGAAUCCCUUGCCGUCUACCACGUCGGAUCCCGUCGACCAGUCUCAGCCGUCUCCUCCGAGGGCGACAUCCUCGUCGAUCGAGAUCGAAGAUUAUCGUACGUCCAAGUCAACCAGAUCGAGUUUUCGCAUCGCUAAGGCUAUCGGUCUUUAUUCCCAGACGAAUACGGCCGUGGUGCCCGACAGGCAACAAUCGCCAUCCGUCACUACCAUCGACUCGUUGUUGACCGCGUUGGAAGCGGUACGCGUUGGAGGUACCGUCUCUGGAGCGAGCGUUCAGGAAACGAUCGAGUUAGAUAACAUACGCGGUAACAUCUCCAACGUCGAGCCGCUCGUCACAACGUCGACACCGCAACGCAUCGCGGAGAACAUCGAGAGAAUCAGGAACUCGACCACGAGGAAGGAUAGCAAGAUCACGUGGAUUCUGACGACGAAUAAGCCAUCGAGUAGAACGAAGUACGAUCAGAAGGAGAGAAAUCAAUCUAGCGGCGCUAGCAGGAACGUCAGCCUCGAGGAAGCCGAGGAUCUGACUGUGCUACCUCUCCAAGAAGAAAUGACAAAGGUCGAUCUGAACAGAACGAGAUCCUCCUUGGUAACGUCCUUGUCCGCGGCCGAGACUAUCGCUAAUACCCCGAUCAGAGCGUUCAAUCGGUCCGAAGAUGAGAUCGAGAUCGACGAGGAGGGGAUGGCUCAAACGCAACACUUUGCUACGGCGGCGACUAUCCUUGAAGUUGGCGCAGUUGGCGCGAGCGAAUCCACUCGUCUGAGCAGAGCAAGGAAUACUUUCAUCACGCAGCACUUCCAGAGAGAUCAAAUGCAGGGGGACAAUCAACCAUCUGAUUAUAAUGACACCGGUAAUAGCAGUGAAAAUACGCAGCAAAGUUCGACAACAUCCGCUGCAGGUAUAGCCGCUAUUACAGGCAGUUGUCUAGCGACUGUAGCUCUACUCAGCACAAUGGGUAGUCUCGGAUUCAUUAUAUACAGGCGCAAAUACUUGAAUCCUCCGCAAACCUUGAACAGUGAUAAAUGCAGCAAUCCUGAUAGCUCCGGUUACAUCGACGAUUCCACUAUCCGCGAUAACUCGGAAGAGAUGUACAGUUUGGAUAACGACUCGUUCUUAAAUUCGCUAGAGGCAAUGACAAUACAGAAUUAUUGGACGGACAGUGUGAAGCAUACGAAGCUAUGACAAAAGAAGAUAACCCAUCCCGGAAAGAGAAUCGAGACGUUCAGCAUUUCCGAUGGUGAAGCACACGAGCAAGUUUCUCUGCUUGAGCAAUAGUACUUACACGCCCUAGACGACCGUAUUCUUUCUCUGUCUCGGAAAUUUCGUUGCCCGGCGUAUAUCCGGAGGCAAUGAAUAUAUAUGCGGCGUUUAUACGAGAAUUAUUAGUCAGUCUUGAUGGGUUGCAUCAAACGUAAUUAUCUUGAAUAUUGUUACUCUGUACGAAGUGAAAAAAAUUUCUAGAUCAAAAUUGCGAGAUGACGUGCAUUUGUAAAUGUCGUUUCUCGACGUGUUGAUUUCAACGUCACUUCCAUCGUUCCUAUAUUUUUCUACGACGCAUGCGACCGACAAAGUCACGCUUAGGCGAAAAGUGACGAGAUCCUUGAAUAUUUCCAUUAACAAUAUAGUGCAAUAAAGAUGAAAAUUGAUGUACUUUAUUAUUAAAUUAAUGUAAUAUUAUUCUAGAAAAGUAAGAGUACAAAUAAGGCUACGUUAGUCCAUAGCUAGAAUUUUCGCUAAAUUAAAAAAAGAAGAUUAAUUUAAUAAGGAUAUUGAAGUAAUGUCCCUACGAGUAUUUGUGUGUGUGUGUGUGCGCGCGCGCGCGCGUGCUCUGGUGUGCACGCGUACACGCACACACACACACACACACGCGCGCGCGCGCGCGCGCGUAUAUAUAGUACAAUGCUUCCAACAAUGCGGAUUGCAAUUCGUAUGUACAAUAUAUUUACGUACUUACUGGUGGUCCUUUUAUCCUUGGAUUUGAAUGCCAGGAUCUUCUACAGUCUCACUUUGAAAUUACGAUUGUGGUGAUUAGCACGGCCAUAUUGACGCGGUCGCUUAAUCAAAUAGCUUAAAUAUUUUCGAAGAUUGGAUUUACGGAAGAUCGGACCAAAUCAUACGUAGAUCUAGCUUUACGCCUUUAUGACAUAUCCAGCAGAAAUAUUGAUUCAUGUUUUCCAUUACGAGAAAUCUAGCUUGUACCUAUGUACAUACGUACCGUUGUAAUAUUUUAUGUAUAUUAUAAAUAUACAAAUCUGCCGUUGCGCCAAGUGAGGCGCGAUUAAUUUUAAAUAGCUUUACCAUUUAUCCAGAUAUAUUUCUAUACACCUGAAGAGAGGAGGGGAAACAGAGGAGAAACAGAAGAUCCAUUGUGAUAGAUCGUAGCGUUUAAUAAGUAAAAUUAUCACUGAUUCGUUUACGUAACGGUAACGGUUGUGAAUAAAUACGUUCGUGUAUUAUAUAUACAUUCCUACCGUCCCUUCCUUCAUCUGUAAUCUUUGCUUUUAAUAUAUUUGUUUCGACUUGACGUUUAAACGUUGUCUAAAUUUUUAAAAGCAUUUAGAUUAUGAUCUUUUUACAAUAGUAAAAAAUAAUGUGUAACAUAUAAGCGUAGUUUGUUUCAAAAACUUAUUUAAAUAAAUCUCAAAACUGCUAAACCU